CAGACGUGAUUACGCGAAGGAGGAGGAAAAAUUAGUCUAAAACCCAGGCGGAGGCUUCUACUCUAAUCCUACUCCGGUACUCCCACGAGAGCUUUCCCAGGUGUCCGAAGCGGAUCACCGGAUCCGGGGCCCGUACCGGAACCGGAGAGAGAGAUCCAGGGCCUGCCGAUCCCAUGGCUCCCGCGGCGGCGUCGGCGCGGCUCCUCGCCCUCGGCGCAGUCGCCAUCCUCGCCUUCGCCGCGGGGAGCGCGGACGCCCUCCGGUCGCUCGGCGUCCGCGACGGCGCGGGGGCGGCCGCCGAGGGGGACGCGGCCGUGGACCUCAACGCCACAAACUUCGACGCCUUCCUCAAGGCCUCGCGGGAGUCGUUCGCGGUCGUUGAGUUCUUCGCCCACUGGUGCCCAGCUUGCAGAAACUACAAGCCUCAUUACGAGAAGGUUGCGAAACUUUUUAAUGGUCCGGAUGCUGCACACCCUGGGAGAAUACUGAUGGCCAGGGUUGAUUGUGCAUCAAAGGUGAACGUGGAUCUUUGCAGUAGAUUUUCUGUCGACCAUUAUCCCUUCCUACUUUGGGGCCCCCCAGCAAAAUUUGCUUCUGCUAAGUGGGACCGGAAGCAAGAGAAAAGUGAAAUAAAAUUGAUUGAUGAUGGAAGAACAGCAGAACGUUUACUUAAGUGGAUAAAUAAGCAACUGGAAAGCUCGUUCACUUUGGAUGACAAAAAGUAUGAGAAUGAAAGUACGCUUCCAAAGAAUGCUUCAGAUCCUGCACAGGUUGUUCAAGCAAUUUACGAUGUUGAGGAAGCAACAGCUCAUGCAUUACAGAUAAUCCUGGAGCACAAGAUGAUCAAAUCAGAGACCCGUGAUUCACUUGUAAGGUUUUUACAAAUUUUGGUUGCUCAUCAUCCAUCGAAGAGGUGUAGAAGAGGAUCUGCUGAGCUACUUAUUAACUUUGAUGAUCACUGGCCUUCAAACCUCUCACUAAGUUCGCCAGAGAGUUCUAAAUUGUUGGAAAAUGUUGCAGCAGAGAACCACAAGAUCUGUGGAAAGGAAGUGCCACGUGGUUACUGGAUGUUCUGCCGUGGAAGUAAAAGUGAAACAAGAGGAUUUAGCUGUGGUCUAUGGGUUUUGCUGCAUUCACUGACUGUCCGAAUCGGUGAUGGAGAAAGCCAAUCAACCUUUACAUCAAUAUGUGAUUUCAUACACAAUUUCUUCAUCUGUGAGGAAUGCAGUAGGCACUUCUAUGAAAUGUGUUCAAGCGUAUCAGUUCCCUUCAAGUCUGCCCGUGAUCUCAGUCUCUGGCUAUGGAGUACACAUAACAAAGUUAAUGCGAGGUUGAUGAAAGAAGAACAUGAUUUAGGAACUGGCGAUCCAUCAUUUCCUAAGGUCAUCUGGCCUCCAAAGCCACUCUGCCCGUCUUGCUAUCGUUCUUCUAGCAAGACUGGUGAUGGAGCUGUGCAGGUUGACUGGAACGAAGAUGAAAUAUUUCCGUUCUUGGUUAACUACUAUGGGAAAACACUCGUGUCAUCCUACAAAGAGACCUACAUGGAGUCUCUUCAAGAGAAGAAGCAAGUAGGGCUAGUUUCUGACGAUUCCCCCUCCUUGAGUGCUGCAAGGGUCCCAAUAGGAGCUGCCCUGGGCGUUGCCAUUGCCAGCUGUACAUUUGGGGCGCUGGCUUGCUUCUGGAGAGCUCAGCAGAAGAACAGAAAGUACUCGUACCGUUUACACUCUUUAAAGAAAAUAUGAUUAGCACAUUUUAGGCAAAGAAAGAACUGGAACUGAAAAAUAGCCUUCCAGUUGCCCACCCUGCACUUCACCAGAGGUGGCAUCCAUGAAUGUAUAUUUCCUGGACUGCUUAAAAUCUUGGUAAGUACUCCAAAGAGAGUGCGCAAAAUCUGUUGUCCGGGCCAUCAUUUACAGAUGGACAACUUACAGAAGAAUGAUGCUAACUCACAUGAUUGUUUCGUGCAGUGAUGUGAAUCUUGUUGCACCUUGUCAUAGGUUCAAAGUGUAGCUCUGUUUACCGUACAGUAAUUGUGAUCUGAUUCGUUGAUAUGGAUGAGAUGUUACAGCCCAUUUGAUCAGUGAAAUUUUGAAUUCAGUGCAUAACCAAAUGUUCUAUAUCUAUGUGUCCCAAAUACAGUGAGCCAAAAGGCUAAAUGUACUUUGCAUUCAGGAUUUU